UUCGCGUUUUGAGCCGCAACGGCCGUUCCCCUCAAUGCUUCUUUUUUCUCCCCCUAUCCCCGCCCUGGCUCCUCCCUGGCUCCUCCCCCUGGGCCUGCCGUCCGUGUUUGAACUGCCUGCCGACCAACCGAGCUCCGUGGAGAACCCCUGGCGGCUGUGACAUUGCCCUCUGUCCGCUUCGUGGGCGUAAUCAGAAUUUCCGCUUUCGGACGCCGGUACGCCCCUGGAUAGCUGCCAUGCCAGCAAACGAAUACUAGUAGACGGUUGAACGUGUCAGGAACGCCGCGCUUCGCCAUGGUCGACUUGGGACGUAUAUAUGGGCGGCGGGAACGCCUUCUAGCCGACUUGUGAUGGACUGCUUCGACACCGCACUCCUCACUCACUCUCUCAUCGGACUGGCUCCUGGUGUCGACAUCUUCCCUUCGCUUCAUUCUCCAUCACCUUCCACCAAGCCAGUCUUUUCCCUCAGCUGCCAGCGGCCCCCCAACACAGAGCGAACACCAUAAUGCACGUCUCGGCACUCCUCCUCCUUGCCCUCGGGCAGGCCUCCAACGUCCUUGCACUCCCCGCCAACAACAACAACAGUGGCUGUGGGGCGCCCUCCCAGCCCGGCGCCGCGGCGCGCAACGCAAAGGCUGUCUACACCAUCACCAACGAAAAGGAGAACGCGGUCGUGGCCAUCCGCGUCGGCCAGGACGGCAUGCUGCAGGCCCAGGGCUCCUCGAGUACCCCCACGGGCGGCGCGGGCGCCACGGGCGUCGACGGCGACGGCAAGCCCGCCGUGCCCGACGCGCUCUUCAGCCAGUCCGCCCUGACGGUGGCCGGCAGCAACCUGUUCGCCGUCAACGCCGGCUCCAACACGCUCACCAUGUUCGCCAUCGACGCCGCCGACCCGACCAAGCUCACCAUGGUCGGCAAGCCCGUCGCCAUCCCGGGCGAGUUCCCCGUCACGGUGGCCGCCUCCAAGCGCAACAAGCUCGCGUGCGUCGCCACCACGGGCGCAAAGGCGGGCGUCUCGUGCGCCUCCUUCUCGGCCCAGGCGGGGCUCGCGGCCAUGGACGCCCUGCGGCCCUUCGACCUGGGCCAGACCACGCCGCCAAAGGGCCCUACCAACACCGUGUCGCAGGUCUUCUUCGCGCGCGACGGCAAGACCCUCUUCGCCACCGUCAAGGGCGACCCGCCCGCCAACAAGACAGGCUUCCUCGCCUCCUUCCCCGUCCAGGCCGCCGCCCAAAACAAGGCCGCGUCCCUGAACGCCCAGGGCGCCCAGUCUUCGCCCCAGGGCACCGCCGUCCUCUUCGGGUCCGCCACCAUCCCGGGCUCGCGCGAGCUGUUCGUGACGGACGCCUCGUUCGGCGCCGCCGUGCUGUCGGUCGACGCCGCGACCGGCGCCGCCACCGUCAAGGGCAAGGGCGCCGUCGACGGGCAAAAGGCGACAUGCUGGGCCACCAUCAACCCGGCCACGGGCACCGCCUUCGUCACCGACGUGGCCACCAACCGCCUCGUCGAGAUGUCGGUCAAGGACGCGAGCGUCAUGGGCCAGAUCGACCUCUCGGCCAACGGCGACCCGGGCCUGAUCGACCUCCAGUCCGCCGGAAAGUUCGUCUACGCCCUCAGCCCCGGCAACGGCACCACCCAGGCCGCCAUCACCGUCGUCGACGCCACCACCAAGAAGCAGGUGCAGCACAUGCAGCUGCAGGCCAUGGGCGUGGGCAAGAACUCGAUGGGUCUGGCGCUCCGCAAGUGAUUCUUUUUUUCUUCUUCUCCUUCUCUUGCGGCUUCAUGUCUCUCCUUGCUCUCUGGCCCCUUUUGUACAUAAUGACGCUUUGUUUGCUGGGUUUCGGGAACCUGUAUCAUCACUGAGACGGCGAUUUUGGUUGUGUUUUGGACUUUUUCUAUACCGCGGUUGAGCUCUAGUCUCCCAAUUUGAAUGGUCUGCGGCAG